CCAGAAACGAGCUUCGUACCGCAAAAGCUGGGAGGCUCACCGGCUCAGAACCGCUCAGCUAGCACUUGCCCUCUAACGAGUCAAUCCCGGCGCCAAGAUGGUCGUCCUCAUGCACAAUGCUGAGUGCUUCGGAAACAUCUGUCUGUUCUAUACCUUCCGCAUGUUCGCCAGUAUCACAUCAUUCAAGCCCGACGUUCAGGAGCAGCGCCACUCCUCGUACCACAUGAUCGCCACACAUAUUGACAGUCAGAGCGAUGAGGCCAAGCGCAUGGUGCAGCAGUGGAAGAAGGAGUGGCACAUGGCUACGUUUGGUACAACUGAGGAGUACAAUGCCCAGCUGAAGGAUAAUCGUUUGGAUGUGGACCAGGUCUUGGCUGAUUGUGGUCCGGAGCUUUUGCGCAUGGCCACACAUGUCUGGGCUUCUCAGCAUGAUGCCCUCUUCAAUAAGCAUUUUGGCAUGUAA